UUGUCCUUAUUGAAGUCGAGCGAAGAAAGACUCAGUGGCAUCGAAAAACUCACAACCACCGCAGGCGCAGUCCCUCCAUUUCUCAGAGCUCUCCUCUCUAACCUUCACUACACUAUGCCGAACCCCAACGAAGACAAACAAGGUCUUAACAUUCUGAACCCUAAUAAGGACCACGAAGACAUUGGCCCAUCCUCCAAUCGUGAAGAAGCCGAAGAUGAUGAAUACGACGCCGUAGAAGCUGAGGAAGACGAUGAGGACGAGGACGAAGACGAAGUAGAGCCACCAAAGAAUCCCCAAUCCCACGCGGACCGGUUGCGUUCAGAGAAGUCCAAGCUCGAAAGCCUGAUGCAUCGAAUGUCCACUGGAAAGGUUCCUCUGAGGGUUCAUGAUGUAAUCAUCAAAGGUAAUUCGAAGACUAAGGACUAUUUGAUCGAGGCUGAAGUGGAAGGUAUCAAGAACGCCGCCACCAUGCAAGAGCUACUUGAGGCUGCCGGAAUUGCCAAUGCUAAGCUUCAAGCGCUUGAGAUCUUUGACUCGGUUCGGAUCACGCUCGAUUCCGGUCCGCCUGAGUUGCCUGGGACCGCUAAUGUGGUCGUCGAGGUUGUCGAGACGAAGAACCCCCUCUCCGGCGAAUGCGGCGCCUACACUAAGCCUGCGGCAAGAUCUUGGACGCUUGAAGGUUCGGUUAAGUAUAAAAAUUGGCUUGGAUAUGGGGAUCUGUGGGAUGGUUCUUUGGCGUAUGGACCCAACCAAACUUCUGAGAUAAGUGCCGGAGUGUUUUUGCCCAGAUUCAAAUGCUUCUUAACUCCUAAGGUAGCACGGGCAUUCCUGCUUUCUCAAGAUUGGCAAGACUAUUCUUCAUACAAAGAGCGACAAUUAGGUUUAUCUCUCAGUUUAUUUUCUACCAAGCACCAUGACUUGGCAUAUAGUCUUGGAUGGCGCACCUUGACAGAUCCAACACAAAUGGCCUCUAGGACAAUAAGAAGGCAGCUUGGACAUGGUUUACUUUCAUCUCUUAAAUAUACGUUCAAGAUUGACAAAAGGAAUUCAGGUGUGAGACCUACUCGAGGUUAUGCUUGUGUUUUGAGCAGUCAAAUUGGUGGGAUAUCUCCUGAUCCUCGGUGCUUACGGUUUCUACGCCAGGAAUUUGAUCUUCGUUACGCUUUGCCUUUUGGAUUUUAUAAUGUUGCACUUAAUUUCGGAAUCUCGGGUGGUGUUAUUUUCCCAUGGGGGAGAGGAUUCUUGAACAAGCCCUCAUCCCUUCCUGAAAGGUUCUUCUUGGGUGGUGAUUUCUCUCCUGUAUGCACUGUGGGAGGGCCAACAACAUUGUGGGGAUUUAAGACAAGAGGAAUAGGGCCUACAGAGCCAAGGAGGCAAAAUAGUGAUAAACCUGAUGUAGAGAGUUCCGAUUCUUCUCGAAGAGAUGUUGUCGGUGGAGACCUUGCUGUUACCGCAUUUGCAGAUCUUUCCUUUGAUCUUCCUCUGCGCUGGUUAAGAGAACAUGGAGUGCAUGGACACAUUUUUGCAGGUUCUGGGAACCUGGCGAAAUUGACAGAGAAUGAGUUUCGGAACUUCUCUGUUCCAAAGUUCUUUCAGUCAUUUCGAAGUUCAGUUGGAGCUGGGAUUGUUGUGCCUACAAAAUUCUUCCGCCUAGAGUGCAACUACUACUAUAUAUUAAAGCAGUAUGAGGACGAUCGUGGGAAGUCUGGCUUUCGAUUUAGCGUCUCAGCUCCAUCAUAGACUCUGAAACUCUUAUACUUGAUUUAGCAACCAUGAGGUGGCAAACAAAACUUUUAAAUUUCAGGUAACAGAGAUGUGUUUUUUUUUCAACAACGAGAUUACAGCUCUGCUGCUUUGCUAAACAUCUUGGCAUAGACAGUUACAAUUCUUUUGUACUCUUAAACCUUUGACUGAAAUUGAGAAAGUCUUUACUUCGCCAAAAUGGAGGAAAAUAAAAUUUGGUUUUUGAAUGUUAGAAUA